GAGGAUUCAUGGCUAGAUAAACAACGAAACCGAGCACAAUGGUGGGCUAGAGAGGCUCUAGACAUGGUUGGAACAUGUCGACAGAGAGGAUAGUUUCAAGCAUCUGAAUCGAAGACCAGUCAACUCCGAAUCAUCCACAAAUACAACGCGUUUCAUAGCCAUUAUUACAGUCAAAAUCCUCUCUUUUCUACGAACAACAAAUAAUCAACAAAGUCCAAAGUCCAACUUCAACCCCACCAAACCAAACCAAACCAAACCCCCAAAAAAUCAAAUCAAAACUACUCCAACCUUUGUGUGCAAUGUAUACCAUCACUCUGAAACAGACAUCCCACCAAACCCAUCUCUCUUCUUCUCUCUCUUCCCAAUGAAAGAUCCAUCAAUGGAAGAAGAAGAAGAACAACAAUCAUCAUCAACAACAAGGAAGAGUUUAAUCUCUGAUGCUCUUCUCACCACUCUCUGUAACUCAAUCCAAGCACUGGGUCGAGGCUUUGAUGUGACUUCUGAUAUCAGGCUUUUGUAUUGUAAAGGAACUCCUGGGUCUCGUUUGGUUCACCUUGAUGAAGAACAUACUGAAGAUCUUGUAGUCUCUGAUGGGCUUGUUGUCCCAAAUGUCUCCGUUGAUAUUGAGUGGUCUAUAGGGAAGAGGACCCCCCCUGUGGCUAUUCCUGUCUGUAGCUUCCAUGAG